UUAUUUUAUAACAUUUAAAUAAAAUUUACUGAUUAAAUUUUAGCAAAAUUUUUGGUUACGUUUUACCAUCUAUACGAUAUUCCUAAAGUUUGACAACAAUCGGUCCAGUAGUUUCCGAGAUUAUCUGUGUAAUAAAAAUCCGGACAGACAAACAGACGUAUAGACGGAUGGACAGACGGACGGAAACGGGAAACCUAUAUUUUCUCGAGGGGUCAUGCAACGUCGAGAAAACAUAGAAGUAACCACUCGUCCAAUGGACUUGAUUACAAUGCUUCCUUUGCUUACGCUCAGCAUGCAGUAAACAGACUUUCCGUAUGUCUACUUUAUAUACAAACACAAAAAUUCAAAUGCACAAAAUGGACAGAAGGCUUGAGUUUAGUUCCGUAAUUAACGAAGCAGAAAAAGUGGUCGGGUAUCCUGUGUCUUUUUUAAAUAUGAGAGUAAUUUUAAAUGACGAAAUUGCUAACAUUCUGUCAUACACCAAAAAAUUAAUAGAAAUGAAACAUCCACUUGUACAAACAUUUUCGAAUCUCGUCUUUCAAAAUGAACAGAAAACGUUUGGACUUAUAGUUCUUCUUAUGUCAAAAGUAGCUGGAUUAAGUGGGAAUUUUCCUGAGAGUGAAUAUGAUCGUGCUACGGGUAACGUAAAGUCGAGCUUAACUUGUUGGUUAAUUGUUAAUACAUUCUUUGUAGAUAUUCUCCACAGUCAAAGAGUUAUUGCUGAAGUAGUAGAGAUGAUUAAAACUGGUCAUUUAAUGCACACAAGUCUGUCAAACAUUGACGCCUCUACCAAAAAUGUACUUGACAUAAAUUUUGGAAACAAAUUAGCCCUUUUGUACGGUGACUAUUUACUGGCUAUCAGUAGCAGCGAACUUGCCCGUUUAAAAAACCACCAUGUUCAAGAAAUAAUUUCAUCAGCUUGCAUGGAUUUGGUUGAAUCUGAAUUUUUCGGUUUAAGAGAUCUUCAAAAUAAUCCGAUACCGUCUAAACCACUUCCUGAACAAAAACAUAUUAAAAUUCCACACGAAUUUGGAGUAGAAUCUCUAAAAUUUGAAGAUGUUUUAGGUAACAUGAAAGCAGAAUGGACUUUGAGAAAUAUUUUAGGUAGUGGAAGUUUAUUGGCAAAGUGUUGUCAGUGUAGUUUAAUUUUGGCUGAUCAUGAAGUUUUUGUACCUAAACUGGCUUAUAUUUUUGGUAGAAACUUAGCUUUAGCGUGGCAGGCUUCAUCAGAAAAAGUUCAAAUUAAAGAGGAAACAUUUAACUUAGUAUCGGCACCAGUAAUGUUACAUUUACAACAUGAUCCUAGUUUGUACAUAGAAAUUGAAAAAGGAUUAUCUGAUCAGAAAAAAGUCAAUUAUGAUUUAAUACGAAAGGUUGUUAUGAGUGGGCCAGGGUUAGAUAAAACUGACCAGCUGAAGAGAGAAUUCUCAGAUGCAGCUUUGAAUGUUUUAGAUAAUUUUUCAGAUAGUGGUUCUAAAACUGUGCUUAUUAAUAUAAUGAAAGCUUUGUGAUGAUAGAAAUGCAUAACAUAAGACACUUUAAUUUAGAAAAGGGAGAUUCUAUAAAUACACUGCCCCGUAAAAUUAACGCAAAAUUUUAAAAUUUUAUUUUGCACAUGGGGUUUCAAAAAUUUAUGGCCUGCCCGAAGACCGGUCCUCAAUCCCAUCGAGCAUUUAUGGGACAUAGUGGGAAAAGAAAUUAAAGCAUUACAGCACCCUCCUACUGCCCUCCCAGGGCUAACACUUAGAUUGAUGCAAGAGUGGCAAGAAAUUGAUCAAGAAGAAGUUAGAAAUUUGAUUAACAGUAUGCCACGAAGAAUGCGAGCUGUUAUCAAUGCUCGAGGAGGCGAUACACGUUCACGUUAUUAAUUCUAACUGAGCGACGUUUAAAGCAUUAUCAAAUAAGAUGUUAUUUUUGGGUUUCUUGCAAUUUGGUUCCAAAUCAUUAUUAGUUUGUUGUUUUUGUCGAUUUUUGUUCUAGAAUUUCUAUAUUUGAUUUAAUAAUUACGGAUUAGGGACCAAAGUGGAAAAAAAACAAGAUUAUCUAAAAAAAAAUACAUAUAAUUUUAAAAAUUUUGCGUUAAUUUUGCGGGGCGGGGUAUUAUCCAUUCUAGAACAAAAUUUAGAUUAGUCAAAUUGCCGUUGACACAAUGAAAAUAUAAUUAUAACCAAGCUUCGGUAGACUGGAAGUGAUGCGUCAUUAGUACCUACUGCCAGCGCUAUUACAAUCGUGGCCACGUUUUCUGUUACAAUUUCGAGCAUUCGUAGUGACAAUGACUAUUUACUCCAGGUUCUCCUCAGUUAGACUAGUUCUGCUAGAUGUUAAAAUGCUUUAAAAAUUAACAAUGACUAGUCAAGAUCACAAUUUUCGUGAUGAUUCUGUUUAGUUAACCGUGAUUUGCAUCAUACGCCACUGAGAUUGUGACGUGGUUGAGACUGCACAGUCGUCCAGCCAAAUUUAUCGCCUGGUGUUGCGCCGGGGUACUUAUUAUUUGUCUGGCAGAUUCCUCAGUAGUCGUCAUCACUUCCAGUCUACCUAAGCUUGAUUAUGACUUAAUUGUUAUUUUACCACUACUAAUCAAGUUUAAGUAGAAAUUACUUUAAAUACUAAAUUAGUGUUUUAUAUAA